AUGCGCACCUCACUCCCCCUAGCCGCAGCAACCCUCGCGGGCCUCGCAACCGCAACACCAUACCAAUGCCCUCCCUUCGGCGCCGUCCUCCCCGCCGCGAAAUCACCCAGCACGCACCCGUCCGUCCGCGCCGCCGUCGCAGCCUUCGUCGCGGCCCUGGAAGCCGAGACGGCGGCCUACAACGCCUCGGCCGUCUCCAUCGGCGUCAGCUCUGCUUUCGAGGCGGCGGGAACGGAACCCUUGGUGGACUUCCAUUUCACGCCGCGGGACCGCGAUGCGCAGGGCGCGCAGGUGGUGGAUCGGGAUACGGUGUACCGGCUCGCGAGCGUGAGUAAGGUGUUUCCCGUACUGGCGGCGCUGCAGCGGGAUGAUAUGGUGCGGUGGGACGAGAGCGUAGCGACGUACAUUCCCGAGUUGGCAGAGGGGACAGAGGGGAGGAGUAAGGUUGAGUAUGUGGAUUGGCGGGAUGUUAGUGUUGAGGCUGCUGCUGUGCAUUAUGCUGGUGUUGGAGCUGAUAUGCAGACGGAUGGCGCGGCGUAUCCUGGUGAUUGGGAGUCUCUUGGUUUACCUCCUGUGUCUGACGAGGAGAAGCCAAAGUGCGGAGGGUUCCUGGGCGGCCAGGGUUGCACCAGAGAGGGUAGGUGGCAUCCCAACCCUGACGACAUUCCCAAGUUUUUUUGGACCCGAGUGUUCCUCAAGAGCCUAACACAACGCACAGAAUUUCUAGACGCCAUGAAGAACCGCCGACCGCCCGUCUAUCCAGCCUUCCAGACGCCCGUCUACUCGAACCUAGGCACGACUCUCGUAGGCAUGGCAGUCGAAGGCGCCACGGGAAAACCCUUUGAGGAGGUCCUUUUCGAGUCCAUCCUCGAACCGGCGGGCAUGGGAAACACUACCUACGGCAAGCUACCCGCGAACCUCGAGACAAUGUUCAUACCCGCCAACGACACGGAGUGGUUCAACUUCACCCUCGGCGCCCUGGACCCUGCCGGCGGCCUCUUCUCCACCACGGCGGAUAUGCUCCGCUUCGGCGACGCCGUCCUCCAGAACCGCCUCCUCAGCCCGGCCAAGACGCGGAGGUGGCUCAAGCCGUCCGUCUUCACCUCGGCUCCCGGUCAAUUCGUCGGCGCGCCGUGGGAGGGGAUCCUCUCGGAUAACGUCACGGCGGACGGAAGGCUCGUGGAGAUGUAUACCAAGGGCGGGGACCUCAUGCUCUACCACGCGGGUCUGGCGUUGAUCCCGGAGCACGGUAUUACCAUGUCGAUCCUCGUUGCCGGGCCAGAGGUUUCGGCGGCCGCGUUCUCGUACUACACGCUCAAGAUGAACGAGUUCCUCCCGCCCUUGCUCCGCGCUCUCGACGAGGCGGCGCGGGAUGAGGCCAAGGCGCGGAUCGCGGGGACGUAUGCGGACGAGGCGAGUAAUUCCAGCCUGACGAUUUCGUUGGACGGCGGGUGGGGACUGUUGUUGGAGGAUUGGUACAUGAAGGGGUUCGACGUCGUGCCGAAUCUGAGCCGGUACGUGUUCUUGGGUGUGAACCUGACGGAUCUGCCGCCCGUCACGACGCGGACGGCGAGGUUGUAUCCCACAGGGUUGGAGGAGGGCAAUGUCACGGCGUGGAGGGCGUUGUUUGAUACGUUUACGGCGGAGCAGCGGGACGCCAUUGAUGAUAUGUUCUUCUUUCCCAAUGCGUCGUGCGUGUCGUGGUUGUCGAUGGAUCGGACAACGUAUAACUAUAAGGGGCUUGAUCAUUUUGAGUUUACGUAUGGGGAUGAUGGGAGGGUUGAGAGUGUGUUGCCGAAGCCGUUUAAGUUGAGCUUGAAGAGGGUUGACUAG